CUUGUGGGGCAAGCUACGUAAGCACACGUUUAUAUAGUAUUAGAACAACAUAGUAUUCAAGUUCAAACCACGGCACAGUUUUUUCUAAGCGGUUAGCUACAGCUACCAAACGCGGUUCCCUGGUAUAUUUUGUCCCGCGCCAAUCGCCGUAGACUUUUGACAGCUGGCACAAGUAAAUAUGGCUGAAGAAAGUCUGAUUGAAGGCGAAGAUGAGAACAUUUUAUACGAUUUGCUCGUCAUUACUGAAUGGCCUCCAGAGACGGACACUCAGUUGCGAGGCAACAAGGAGCACAACACCUCACUCAUUGCAAAAGCAGUGACAGGGCCAUUCCGCUUAGUCUUGCACUACUUGUGGUACAGCCCCUCCAGCUCGUCUCUGCCUCCUGGUCUUGUCCGCCAAGCCAACAAGCAGAUCAACUGGCAGCUGGUGCUUGCAAGUAAUGGCAAACUGCUGGCAGUGGUUCAGGACCAGUGUGUGGAGAUUAGGUCUGUGAGAGAUGACUUUGGCUCAGUCAUUGGGAAGUGCCAGGUACCUAAGGACCCGAACCCCCAGUGGCGGAGGGUGGCAUGGAGCUACGACUGCACCCUGCUAGCCUACGCCGACAGCACUGGCACUGUGCGCCUUUUCGACCUCAUAGGCAGCGAACUCUUUGUCAUCCCGCCGGUGGUGAGUUUUCCUGGGGAUUUCAGUUGUGCAGUGGCGGGCCUCAUCUUCCUGGAAUACACGGCCAGCGCUCAGUGGUCUGCUGAGCUGCUCGUUAUCACAUACGGUGGCGGGCUUAAAAGUUACCUGGUUAGUGUUGGAACCAAUCAAAACUUCCAAGAGAACCACAGCUUCAGCUUCUCUGCUCACUACUCCCAUGGCAUCACUUCGGCUAUUUACCACCCCGGCCACCGGUUGCUGCUCGUCGGGGGGUGUGAGUCGGGGGAUGACAGUACGUCCAAGGCCUCUUGUUGUGGCAUUACAGCCUGGAGGACUCUCUCUGGCUCGCCACACUACAAGCAGGUCACCAGCUAUGAGGACGAUGUCAAUCCGAAUCAGAAGAGAGGUUUCAUCAGGAUCCCCAGCAUUAGAUUCUUUUCCAGACAAGGGGAUGAAAAGGAUGGCGUAUUCCGCAUGAGUCUGAGCCCCGAUGGCACCCUGUUGGCUGUCAUCCACUUCUCUGGUCGUCUGUCACUAUGGGACAUCCCCUCCCUCAAACAGAGGGCCACGUGGAGCCAAGACCAACAGCCAGGAUUUGAGGAGAUCAACCCAGAGUGGAAGACAUCGCUGGAGAGGAGGAAGAAAAUAAAAGAUAAGGAGCAGUACUACCCGCUGGUGGAUGUCAACUGGUGGAGUGACAACGUGUUGAUUCUGGCCCGCUGCUCUGGCUCCGUCACCGUCUCAUCCGUCAGGACGCUGCGCAACCUGCUGGGAAAAUCCUGCGAAUGGUUCGAGCCCUCACCUCGAGUCACCGCCGCACACGAUGGAGGCUUCCUCAGCCUGGAGUGUGAGGUGAAGCUGGCUCAGAAGCGUGGGCGCCUGGAGAGCAACCUGAGCGGCGGGGCCAGUGAGGAUGAGGAGGGUGAUGACGGAGGAGACUCUGACUCAGACGAAGAGUCCUCAGCCAAAGCCCGCUACUUUGGCUAUAUCAAGCAGGGCCUGUAUUAUGUGACGGAGAUGGAACGGUUCGCCCCGCCACGCAAGCGCCCCCGCACUGUUACCAAGAACUACCGUCUGGUCAGCCUGAGGUCAACAACACCAGAGGAGCUGUACCAGAGGAAGAUUGACAAUGAAGAAUAUGGUGAAGCCCUGUCUCUUGCCCAAGCGUACAAUCUGGAUUCUGACCUUGUCUACCAGAGACAGUGGAGGAAGAGUACCGUCAGCAUCGCUUCAAUACAAGAUUAUCUGAGCAAGAUCUGCAAACGCUCAUGGGUGCUGCACGAGUGUGUGGAGCGCGUCCCAGAGAACGUUGACGCGGCCAAGGAGCUGCUGCAGUACGGCCUGAAGGGAACCGACCUUGAGGCCCUCAUAGCCAUAGGAAACAGGGAAGAUGGGGGCAGGUUUAUCAUGCCAGGCGACGUUGACCUCGAUGACCUGCCCUACGAAGACAUCCUGUCAGACGAUGUGGAGCUGGAAAUUAAGAAGGAGAAGGAGGGCAAGAAGAGACAAGAGCUGUUGGCUAAGGUCGACUUCAGCAGGCUGACUCUGGAGCAGAAGGAGCUGUGUCGGAGCCGACUGAAACUGCUCUCCUACCUGGACCGGCUGGAAACAUACGAGGAGAUCCUUGGCGGUCCUCAUGCAGCCGAGCAGAAAUACGAUGCAGAGUUCUUCAAGAAGUUCCGCAGUCAAAAUAUUGUUUUGUCAGCGAGAAACUAUGCCAGGGAGAGUAACGUGCAGGCUCUGGACAUUCUGUUCACGUACCACGGCGCAGAACUCCUCCAGCAUCGGCUAGCUAUUCUUUACAACUUCCCAGAAACCACCUCUCCGCACGAGUACACCAUCCUGCUGCCCGAAGCCUGUCUGGAUGACAGAGGUGAGUUGGUGUUGAUUCCAUGGGAUGAGCAGAGGCACAGAGAGAUGGACUGGUGCGAGGCAGAGGAGUGCAGAGCAGUGCUGGAUCAGAACUUGUUCGAUGAUGACAGUUUCCUGUAUGAGGACGCUCCAGAGGUGCUGAGGUUCCGCACAGCCACACCCUCCAUCGAGCUGCUGACCGACUGGUACCAGAGCAGAGCUAAGGAUAUCGACUCCUGCUCCAGACAGGUGGACUGUGCCCUGUCACUGGUGCGUCUGGGGAAGGAGCGGGAGAUCCCAGGGCUAGAGCUCUUGUGUGAUGACAUGGUCACCAUGGAAACACUGGUGUAUGAGACAUCAUGUGAAUUGAGUCUGACACUUAAAGAUUUUCAGCAGCUAAGUGACAUCGACAAGCUCCGCCUGCUCAUGAAAAAUUCCACCACAGAGCGAUAUGUGAAAGAUGCCUUCCAGUGGAUGGUGCCAUUCCUGCACCGAUGUGAGGGACAGACGGAGGGUGCUGCUAAAUCUCUUCUCAGAGAGUACCUGGUCGGCCUGGCCCAGCGAGACCUCACCCUGCCCCUCAUCAUCUUCCAGCACUCGAAGCCUGACGUAAUGUUUUUAUCAUCCUACAGACCAGACACGGACAUCACUGCUUCCCUCCAUGAUAAGGUGGACAAACUUGAGAAGCAUCUCAGUGUAGUGGAGGUUCUGGAGAAACACGGCCUGCAGAAGCCCAUUUCUUAUGUGAAGAACAGCCAGAACAGUGAAGAAGAAGCCCACCAACUAAUGGUGAAACUGUGCCGCCACACUGGUCGCAAAAACCCUCCAGUGAGUGAGACGGUGUGGCGAGGUCUAAUGCAGGACCUGCUUGACAUGCAGCAGAAUGUCUACACCUGUCUAAAACCUGAGACAUGUCACCAGGUCUUUGUUGAGUCCCUGCUGUGUUCCAGCCGUGUGGAGAAUGUACGCCUGGCAGGGCAGCUCAUGCACUGCUCCAAGGUCAGCCAGGAUGUUCCUGUCAGCUUGUCUUUCCGGGGUAAAGGUUAUGCUCUGAAGGUAGCCUAUGAAAACAGCGUGGAAUUAGUGUUGGCUGCUGCCAGAGAGUACUUCAACUCAUCUACGACAUUGACUGAUCCUUGCAUGGGCCUGGCCAGGACGUGUCUCCAGCUGAUCACAGACUGUCCUCUGGCCAUCCAGGAUGAACUGGACCUCAUCAACGCCCUCAGCCAGUUGGAAGACUUCAGUGUCAGUAUCCUGCCGCUGCAAGUGCGUCUGCGAUCAGACCGUCUGUCUCUCAUAGAGGAGUGCAUCGCCUACUGCUCCACGGCCUACAAGCAGUCCACUACUCUGCUGAAUCUGGCCUCACUUCUCAGAGUGGCAGGAGAUGACAAGGCCACAAGAAAAGGCCAAGUCCUGACCCUGCUGGCAGAGCAAGCGCUCCAGUGUCUGGACUUCAAGGCCUCUUACAUCCACUGUCAAGACCUCAUGGCAGCAGGUUACAGUCCAGCAUGGGAUGUGUGCAGUCUGCUCGGUCAGUGUGAGGGCUUUGGAGACUUGGAGGCCCGGCAGGAGCUUUUAGCCUUCUCUCUCACCCACUGUCCCCCUGACAAUAUCCACGGCCUCCUCGCUGCCUCCAGUGACCUGCAGACUCAGGUGUUGUACCAGGCAGUUAACUAUCAAAUGGAGCCUGUUAUUACUGAGAGUGGACAGGAGGCCGAUGAGACAGACUCUGUAAAGGCGGACACUCCCUCUGUGGGGUCAGCGGGGGACCUGCUGCACAGGACUACAGCAAAGACCAUGGCAGUGCUGACCACUACAGGACUGACCACCAAGGCUGUGCUGACCGCAGUCAGCGACCACCGCUGGUGGAAGGAAUCACUCAACUACCUCCGGCCGCUGCAAGGUCACGGCGCAGGAGCCACUAGUCAGGAAGGGGCGUGUGAGAACUCCAACCUGGAGCGUCAGAGCUGUAGCCCCUUUUAUCAGGAAAUCAUUGAUGAUCCCUAUGUAGACCUGAGUCAAGAUGUGUAUUCGUCCUACAAGGACGUGCCUCAAGAAAACUUUGCUGAGGUUUUGCUGAGGACUGGCAAAUUGGCUGAGGCUAAAACUGAAGGACAAACCCUGUUUCCUGCUACAGAGGUCUUGCUGCAGCUGGCCAACGAUGCAUUUCCCAGGGACAUGAUGCUGGCUCUGUCCUACUUACUGGCCCUGCCUCAGGUACUGGAUGCCAACAGGUGUUUUGAAAAACAGUGCCACUCAGCCUUGUCACUUCAGCUGGCUGCCUACUACUACUCCCUGCAGAUCUACUCUUACCUCACCCCCUGCUUCAAGAACAAGAACCACACUCUCUACCAGGCUGACCCAAAGGAUCUGAUUCGAUUGGUCACACAGCAUGUGUCUGCAUAUUCCAAUUGGCCAGAGGAGCUGCAGCAGUUGAUCAACCAGCUGCAUGCGUACAACGAGCGUUUGACGGACUUCACCCAGGCCCAGGUGUUACAGGGGCUCGGCCGUGGAGUGGACGUCCAGCGCUUCAGCUCAGACUCCAACUACAAGAAGGAGACCAUCCUUGGCCUCACAGAGACACUGGAUGACGGCGUGUACAGAAUCGCUCUGUCGCUGGCUAAGCGCUACAGUGUUCCUCUGUGGGAGGUCUACAUGACUCACCUCGAGUUCCUCUUUACAGAUAGCGGUCUUUCCACCAAGGAUAUUGAAUCCCGGAGUGAGUCGCUUGGUCUGUUUGACACUUUGAAGUGCAACCCUCAGGCCUUUUACAGCCACAUGACCAAGUACGUUCUUCCCAGUGUGGAGGGAACCGACCAGGGCCGCCUGCUUUACUACUACACCUUGCUAGAUGCUGCAGGCUGUGAGCCUCACGUCACCACCAUCAUCAAGCCAGACUCCCAUGUCAAAUUGCUCAAGAAGCUGCGUGCUGUUGCCAACGGUUUGAACUACCGGAAGCUGACUGAUGAAUCGUUGGAUCCUCUGGCCACUUUACAACCAGUUCUUACCAGUCAGAACGUGCUGUCCAUCUCCAAACUUGCUAAUCGGCUGCCCAUGCCUGGUGGUGGAGGGGCAACAGUCUCCCCCAGUGCAGUCCACGCAGUGUGGCUGCAGAAGCUGUUUUGGAAAGGGGACCCCCAGUUGCUGAAGAGACCCCCACAGAGCGACCAAGACUACCUCCAUGCCUACGAUACCUGCGCCAAAUACCUGGACAGGCUGGCCCCUGCUGACGCUGUCCACUUCCUGGACAGCAUCACCUUCUCACCCGAUGCAGCUGAAAAACUGAGCAUCCAGACGAGGUCGGAGGUGAUAAAGCGAGCCACCAAAGCCCUGCGCCAGCUGGGCGAGAAGAGCAAGAAGAGAGGAGGCGACGGUAGCGGGGAGCAGGAAGGGACAGACCCAGUAGGGAUGACUUUUGAUGAGGCUUUAGCACACCUGCAGCAAUCACAGGCCCACCUGGACACCCUGAGCCAUGCCUUCGUUCUGUCACUCAGAGACAGCCAGCAGCGUUACAGUCAACUUUAUGAUUUGUCCCGAUCGGAAAGGUCAAAAGUGCACGAAUUGGCAGUCACCAUGGCAACCGAUGGGGAACCUCUGGAGCGCAUUGGGGAGCUUCUGCGUGUUGCUGUUGGACCCCUAGACCUGUCUGUUAAAACGGUGCUUCAUGACGCAGUGGAGAGAGUAGCAGCCGCACUCAGUGGAGACCCAGACGCUCUGACAAAUUACCCACAACCCCUCAGGGUCCUGGAGGCCAUGGUGACCGCUGUGCACAACAGUGUCCAGAGUGGCAACGGUGCAGUGACUUCAGAUGACCUCCUGUCUUGGUUGCAUCCAUUCUGCGGAGACGCGUCACUGCCCGUGCGGCCUCGGAUCGACGUGCUGCAGAUCUUGGAGAGUAACUUCAGCCUCCAAGACAGUGACGUUCGUCUUCUGCUGCUCUACAGAACUCAGGCUGUUCUCAAGGACAGAGAGGUGGAGAUAGAAGAUGUGGAGAAUGAGGAGAAAAGAUACGCCCUCUUCCUGGAGCUGCUGGAAGCUGCACAAAAGUGGGAAGACUUUCAGCUGCUCAUGCUCCUUCUACAAGCUUGGCCCCCCAUGAUGAAAGACGAAGUGGCACAGUCGGAGCGUAACCCGUGGGUGGUGCUGACUUCAGCCCUGCUGACCCACUGCCAAGGGUCAGGGGUCAAAUUAGACCUGGGUCAGCAGGUCGUCACCAUGGUGCGAUCUCUCUAUAACACCAAACACAAGCUUCCUAUACAGUGUAUCAGACAUAUAACCACCCUGCUGCUCCAAAACCAGCUGGGCCUCCAGCAGCCUGCACUAAAACUGAUGGCAGAGAGCGGUGAUGAGCAACUGCUGCAGCUGACUCUGGAUCAGAUCAACAGCAUGCCCACAGAGAAAGCUUCCUCCUGCGAUUCAGAGCUCCUCUCACUGCUCCUGGAUGCCGGGCUCCUGGUGGGCUGCGUCUCCUCAGCCCUGUACCCCCUGCUCAGCUCCCACAUGCUAUCCCACCAGCAGGAGGGAGGCUGGGACGUUGAGAAAGCCGCCGCUGAGCUGCUGGCGGCAGGCCACGGGCCCGAAGCGGGCUCCCUGCUGCUGGCUCACCGCGGAACCCACCAGGCGCAGUUCACCUUCAACUCUGCCUUGGCCGUUCUCAAGAAGUGGCUGUGAGGGGAGGAAGAACAAGGUGUGAGGGAAAGAACGUGACGUGGAGGCAGUUUGGAGCGUAGCCACGGACCGCGGUGAUAAAGCAGAUUUAGAGAAGAAGAGUGGGAAGGUGUUGAGAGAGGAGUGGAAUGAGAUUGGAUUGAGAUCUGAAGAAAUUAGUGCAAGGCAGGAAUAGAAGUGAUAUCAGGCCAUACUUCUGCAUUUUGUUCUGUAAUUGGGUUUCGGGUUCAUCAACUGAAGACACAGCAGCUGCAGUGUCUGCCUUGAAGGUAUAAGAGCGGAUACCUUUAAUACUGAAACAUCUGCUCAAUUAGAAACACAGAAACACACAAACACAACCGCUUCUGUCUCUCAGUCAUGAAUGAAUGUUCAGACUGAGGGCUGAUCACAAAAUUCACUUGCUGCUUGCAUUUAUUUGUGUGUGUGGUUGUGUACCAUGUCCUAUUGUGUGAUAAAGUAAUUGAGCAGUAGCUGGGAAGCAGUGGGUGGAUAUUAGCCUAUUGUUCCGUGACAGGUUUGCCUCUUUGACGUCCCACCGUUAAACACCCUGCCUCUGCUCCAUUGUUUUCUCCCUAAUAAUGUCUAAUUAAUUCCUUCUAAACAAAUUAGCCCCACAGCUGCCCCGCGCUGUGUGUGUGUGUGUGUGUGUGUAUGUAUGCACAUCUACUGUAUACGAACACCCAGCGAUAUCAUGUGGAGCUAAUGAAGAUGAGGAAUAAACAUGUAUGUGUGUGGUUACGCACACAGUGACGUUGCCGGCAUGUUUCACUUUAUGAAAUACAGGUUUUCUUGUGUCCCACCUUUCUGAGCUGAAAUAAAGAGAUGUAUUGACAUGA